AUGCCAAAUGAAAGUAAAAAGCGCGCACAAACGUCAAAUAUCAAUGAGUCCAAUAGCGUUGAAUUUUUCAAAUCAUUUGGACAAGUAAAAAGUACAACUAGUGCUACAAAAAUUGGAUCAAUAGACUGGAAGAAUUUAGAAAGGGAAAGGGAAAUAAUGAAACAAAAAAAUGGACAACAAUAUUCUGCAAGUUCUGUUCACUGUGCAAUUGCUGCUAUACAUCAACAUCUUAUUAAACAUUCUGUAAUAUCUGGAAUAAACAUUCAUGAUCAAGUAACAUUUUUAAUAUUUGGGCUUAAUGGAAAAUUGAAGUUUCUUUCUGAUUUAGGACUUAAUGAUACAAAGGAUGUUGAUGCAUUAUUUAUAGAUGAAAUUUUACAAUUUUUAAUCAUAAAAUAUUGGAUUGUACUAUACCAAGGUAAAGAGCAUUUUGCACUUCAUUUGAAAGAUUUUAAAAAAAGAGAAGAUUGUGGAUUUACAGUAUAUAUCUAUUGCAGUAAAAUUAAUCAAAGAGGUGCAUUUGGAAAUAGCGAAAAGGCAGAUAAAGCUUUAGAAAGUCUUGGUGAAUCUACUUUUAAUAUUAAAAAUAAUCACGUUAUAGAAGUGAUGAAAGUUUGCAUCUAUAUUUAUCAAUAG